CCAUGAGUCCAGACAGAGACUCAACUUUCCCCUAAGACUACCUACAACUAUCUGCUUAACAAGACACCACAGACUCCAAGCUACGUACCUGAAUCCCUACCGGCUGCUCCAAGGGACUCUCCUCCAUUUUUUCAGGAUGAGGGCUGCUAUGCUUCUGCUGGUCAUCACUCUCAUUGCGGUCGAGAGUGUAGCUGGAGGGAAAAACAAGAAAGAGAAAAACAAGCCUUCCCAGUCCGGGUCAGAAUGCACCAACUGGCGCUAUGGUAACUGUGUCCCUAGCAACGGGGACUGUGGAUUAGGGUUUAGAGAGGGGUCAUGUGAGCAGCAGAACCAGAGGAUGAAAUGUAGAAUACCGUGCAACUGGAAAAAGAAAUUUGGAGCUGACUGCAAGUAUCGCUUUGAUAGUUGGGGAGAGUGUGAUCCAAGCUCUGGCUUGCGGACCAGAAUGGGGACGUUAAAGAAGGCUUUGUUUAAUGCGGAAUGUCAACCGUCUAUUUCUGCCUCCAAACCCUGCACUGAAAAAAUCAAGACACGAAGCAAAGCAAAGAAGACAAAAGGCGAGGGCAACUAGAAGUCUGUGGAAAGGAGUCAAAGAGCCAGCUGACAGCUGCACAGUGCCCCCAACGCUUAUAGAAUAGUUUCCUGAUUCUUAUAGACACAUAUUUGAAUACAGGUUUCUUACACCUUAACAAACCCAUUAUGUAUGUUUUUAAACGAAAAAUAGAAGACAGUAAAGUACUAAAUCUCUUUAGGACUAAUAAAAUGAGUAUUGCCUACACUGGCUUCCAAAUCAAAGUGCAUUUGGAAUAUUAAAAUUAUAUAUUUUUCAAAACCACCACCUUACAAAUUUGUUUAACUUUGAUAAAUGUUAUAACAUUUUCCCCGUUGAGGUGUUCUCAUUAAGUGAUCCAUCAUCGCCUCCAAACCUUUUCUUGUGCUCCACUCCAUUAUAGCUUCACUGGGAAUAUGAGCUAUUUAAACUCCCAGUUUUCUUAGCCAUUCUGAAUCAGUUCUUGGAUGUGUCGGUACCAUCCACACACAAACUGUAUACUUUGUGUUCUAUUCUGUCCCAAUAAAGCAGCCAUCCGGUUCAAAACUUCAAAUCACCACGGGUAUACUCGUAUGAAAGUGCAUUUGGUAUAUCAGGUAAUACAUUUGCCUUAGGGCACAAAACCACUAACCACCUCCCCACCCACAACCCUCUCUCACUGAAGAAUUGCCAUUCCAUCUAUCCUGUCCAAGGUUUGCUCAAACCGUAUUAUUUUCUUUUGUUUAUUAAACAUUGCACAACAUGGUGUGACACUGUCCAUUUUUGUAUUAUUUCAGACUUUUCUAGACCUGUAAGCAUAAUGCAAAUGUUCAAUGGACUGUACUUGUUUUUCUCUUUUGUAGUCUGGACUACUCAAGGCUCUUUAAAAUUAGAUCUGAUCCAUUCAUACACUGAUGACAGGAGGUACAGUACACUAAAGCUAUGUGUGAAAUUCUGGCUGAGGUGUUUUUAUAAUUUUAGUAAGCAAUGAUGCAUACUGAAAACUAUAAGUCAAAAAACAUAUGGUAUGGGUAUAGGACAAUGGUGCGUGUAUGUGCUUGCAGUUGUAUUACACUCAGGAGAGACUCGGUCUGAAUUGAAAAACAUUUAUUACACCUGUAUAACAUUAAAAUAGUGCAAUUUUGUGGCGAUCCUAAACCAGGAUAAUCAAGGGGCUGAGUUCCGCUUGGCAGAAUCUCCCCUGGUGCAAUACCAGUGGGUAGUGAAGAAGGGAGUUGACUCGUGGGCUCAAUUGGUUUUCCGGCAAAAAAAGUAAGUAAGUAACCGAAUAAACUAACAAUAAUAACAGGUUUUAAUAUCAA